AUGCAGAUGUUCCCUGCACGGCCUCACGGACCCUACGGAUGUUCAGUGCGUCCACAGGCUUCUCUCCAGCCGGACUACAGCAGCAGUUCAUGUCUGGCCACAGCUGCAAAACCCAGCGCGGGGAAAUCGUUCACCAUUGACGCUCUUCUCGCCAAACCUGACAACACCGAAAACACCAAGACGAGUCUAUUUCAGGGCUCAUUAAACCCUGCGCCAGCACCACCAGGUCUCUUUCUGCACGCCGGACACAUGUGUCCUUCUCCAUUUCCUCACUACCUGUACAGCCCGGCUGUGAUGCACACACAAUCCAGCUUUCCAGUGUACUGCUGUCCGCCCUACGGAUACCAGACAACAUGCCCAGGAACUGUUUACGCACAAGGUGCCACACCGUCUAAAGCAGGAGUUCACUCGCACUACAAGCACAAAGGCGGGAAAUCAAAGCGGAUGCGCACAAGUUUCACUUCCGAGCAGCUGUCCCGCUUGGAGAAGGAGUUUGCGCGCCAGCAGUACAUGGUGGGAUCAGAGCGCUUCCUGCUUGCAUCCGCACUCCAGCUCACCGAGGCGCAGGUCAAAGUUUGGUUCCAGAACAGGCGCAUCAAGUGGAGAAAGCAGAGUCUUGAGCAACAGCAGGCCAAACUGGCCAAACUGGGACUCGUGGUUCCGCCAAAAAGCCCCGGAUCUCAAGGCCGUGAGGAUGAAGGAGACGAGGACGAGCACGAUUUCACAGAGGACUCUGAUGUUGACAUUGAUGACUCCCUGCACGCCUGA